AUGUCAGCUGGUUCUGUAAAAGCUCCGUUGAUAAUCCCCCUUCGACCACUAUCACAUAAUCACCACAGCAAUGCUAUAGACAGUGCUACUCAAAUUGAGAUAUCUACAGACACUCCCAGAGCGCAGAUUUACUUUACAGUUGAUGGAUCCAGACCAGAUCCCAGGUCCUGGAAAUCUCGAAAACCACAACCUGGUCCUACUUAUCUCUAUCGGAAUUCGUUUACUCUUCAAUCCGGUUUGAAAACCAUUAAGGCGAUGGCUUUAUUACCGGACACGGGCCAGGAGAGCAAUAUAGUGGCUAAAACUUUCGAUGUUGCUGAGGCUUCUAAAGUAAAUUCAAAUGGAGAAGGCGGUGGCCAACCCAAGCCGGACGAUUAUCUUUUCGUCAAGGAACUAAAGAGGGAGAUGAAGAAGAUGCAGGUUUCUGUGAAAGAUUCCCUUCUACUGCGUAGAAAGCCUCCAGCCAAUGGGAAGAAACUCACAAUUUCAUUGGGAAGUGAGGAUGAAAAUCAAAACCCCCCGCCAGUAAGUUACCACUUCCUUUCCCUCUAUUUAAUCUCAUUCACUGUUGUCUGCAGAACGCGUCAAAACUCGGUGAGCUGUGGAGGGUCACUACAACCUAUGUCAACUUCUGCCGGCGCCAAUCUUGAAUUCUGUUCCAUCUGCGGUUCCAAAGUUCCUGUCGGCUCUACUAAAUGUCUUGUUUGCGAGUCUACAAUAACUGCGUCUCCAGAAAGCACGAAUCGUCGUAUUUGUCAAAUUUGCGGUUCCCUUAAUCCAGAAAGAGUAAAAUAUUGUCUUACAUGUGAAGCUAAUCUUCCUCAAACGCCAACUACUCUUGUGAAUAUUUCCCCAUUUCUCCGUACCUCUACUCCCAUCCCUAUUAAUAAUUCAAAGGGUUCAUCUUUUGUCAAUUGUCGAAUCUGUUCCAGACAGAAUGGCUUGAGUGCAAGGUUCUGCGAUUGGUGUGGAAUUCAAGAUCCAGGCGAAGAAGAAUUAAUCGAAAAUAUGAACUGCAUCUGUCCAAGUUGUUUCUGGCAGUCACCGAAAGAUUCAAAUUUUUGUCAUCAAUGUGGAUUUAAGCUUUCAGCACUUGAAGAAAUCAAUGGUUUUGGUGAUCAACCUACAGUUACCCCUGCUAGAUUUUUAAGAAAGACAGCGUCUACUCAGACCAUGGAACUUUCUUCUUAUAGUCCUUCUUCCAACAGUAAACCAAAGGAGUUUUCGAGAACUAGUCUUCCAAUAAUUGCCCCCGUCAGUCCUGGCAAAGGUUUGUGGCGAAUGCAGGUAGAGCAUUUGGUGGCUCAUAUAAAGGCCUACGCUAACACUGAUCCAGAAUUUCAAAAGGCAAUCAGUGAACCCCGACUAGGAAAGCUCCUUUCAGCAGAAGUCAUGGGUAAUCAACCGGAAGAGGUAUCUAUUCUCCUCACCUUCCACCAGCACGAUCCUUCAAUUCACCUCCCCACACGCAAAGGUAACGGUAGCAUUGGUGGUGAAGUGGAAGUUUUGGUUGAAGUUCCGCCUUCCGCCAAAUCGUACUACUCCUCUCGUCCCCUCAGUGGUGACCGCAAUAAUACUCCUUUAAGAAAUCCUUCCUCCGCUAGCACCCCAACUCAACAGAAUAGCCAAACAUUUCGCAGAAAGAUUGUGGCGUUGCGUUCUCCCUCAUCAACUUCAAAACUUUCAAAAAAAUCAUUCCAAGUUCAUGCUAAUAAGCCAUCGGAAGUGGAUAAUGCCUUGAUGCGUGAAUUGCGACCGGGACACAAGGCUGACAUGUACACAGUAGAACGACUUCUAAUGAACGGAGCAAACCCAUCAUGUGUGGAUCACUAUGGAGACCCAUUGGUGGUGCGAGCUGUUCGAAAUCAGCAUUUAGAGGUCAUCCAUGUUCUCGUCAAAGAUGGAAAUACCCCACUUCAUGAGGCCGUUCUAUUGGGCUCUCGGGCUGUGGAAUUCGUCAAAUUGCUUCUAAAACUCGGAGCAAACCCAAAUAAAAAGAACUCCCUCGGUCUAACGCCCCAAGAACUCGCAAUAGAAGCCAACUCACUUGCCGCAGCAGACAUUCUCGCGAAUAGAGAAAGUUGA